AUCAAAAAGGAAGAUUUAAAAGAAUAUGAGACCUAUUAUUCUGAAGAAUGGAAGUUAGAUAAUGAAGAAGAAGAAAUAGUAAUUAAAGACAACAAUCUGGCCGUAUACUUAACCAAGAUAGAUCCUAUAGGCCUGAGUGUGAAUAAUAGUCUAGACCAAUUGA